AUGGCUUAUGAUAAAUCUCUUCACUCUCCGAACAACCCACAUUUCUUCCAGCCUCUCCUUCCUGGCUUCCACACUCAUCUCAACAUUCCUGUAGCUUUCUUCUUGAAGCACGUCCAAGGAAGUAACGACCACAUCAAGACUGCUAAACUGAGAACAGAUGCGUCCGAUGAAACUUGGUUAGUGAAGAUAAACGGUCUGAGAUUCACCGAUGGGUGGGAAGAUUUUGCAGUAGCGCAUGAGCUCCGGAUUGGUGACAUCAUCAUUUUUAGACAUGAAGAAGAGAUGGUGUUUCAUGUCACAGCUUUAGGACCAAGUUGCUGUGACAUUCAAUAUAGUUCAGCAUCAUCACACAACAUCAGUGAUGAUAGUGAAUAUCAGACCAACAAUACUGAAAACAGUUCGGGGGAAAAGAGAAAGAGAGUGAAGAAGAGUCCAAGAACGAAAGUAGAUUCUUCAUCAGAUCACUUUAUGGCACAAGUCUCACCCACUAGUCUAAGAUUUGAUCGACUGUAUGUACCAAUUAGUUUUUCGAGGUCAAUCGGUCUGGACAACAUGAGCGGUAAAGAGAUCAUUCUUCUUAACGAGGAAGGAAGAUCAUGGAGUUUGAAUAUUACAUACACCAAAGCAAGCAUGCAGACUUAUGUCGGACCUGGUUGGAGAAGAUUCUGUGCUGAGAAUGGGAUGAACCAAGGUCAUCAGUAUACAUUCAAACUGGUCAGAAAAUCUGCACCACCAGUCAUCCGCUUGUACCUUGCAGAACCAGCUCCGGAAUCUUCAUUACGCCAUUCUAACUAUGUGGGAUUUGUCAGUUCUAAUAGCUUAAGAAACGAUAGACUGUAUCUUCAGAGGAAUUUUGUGAUUGCAAAUGGUCUGGACAGAGGAUUCAGUGAGAUUACUUUAAAGAAUGAAAGGGGAGGAAAAUGGAGUUUAGGUUUGAGAUACUACGAUUCACUCAGCCAUACUUAUCUCGGACCAGGCUGGAAAACAUUUUGCCAAGUAAACGGGAUCAAAGCUGGUGAUUCCUUUAUGUUUAAGGUGGUUGAAACCGGCGACAAGCCUGUUCUCUUGUUGUGCAGUUCCAACCGUGGGAAAACACCAUCAGAGUGUCCAGAAGAUAGUUAUGAUGUAGACUCCCUCUCCUCUGAUACUAGCAGCGGAGAUGAUAGUAGAGAAUGA